AUGUCCGGCUCUUCUGUGCAAACUCUGUCAUCCGGCAAGAAAUCCGACGGUGAACCCCCAUCUUUGUCACUCAGUUUCAUUGAUGAUUUGAAUCCGUCUAAAGAUAUGUGGAAUCUGAAGUGUCGAAUCAUCCGGAAAUGGGUUCAGUCCUUUCGGAUGGAUCUGAUCUUGCUCGAUGAGAAGGGCCGUAAGAUUCAGGCAGGGAUUAAGGCUCCAUUAAUUCCUAUGUUUAUCUCACAGCUUCAUGAGGAUGAAGUUGUUAUUCUCUCCAGAUUUGGUGUUGGAGAAAACACUGAUGCUUACAAAGUUAUUAACCAUGAUGUUGCUGGAAUUGUUGUCUCGUGUGGAGAUAUGGAAAUCUUUCCCAAUGAAAGAAAAAAGAUGAAUUUGGAUGUUCAAGAUGUCCAGAGAGAGGUAGUCCGUUGUACUUUGUGGAAUAUGUAUGCACAAGAAUUUAAUGAUUUUUUGUCUCAAAACUCUCCGAAUGAGACUGUGAUGGCUGUCAUUCAGCAUGCGAGGAUUAGGAAGUGGCAGGUGAUUUGUAAUGAAUUGUUGGAUAUGCAUAUUGUUUCUUGCUGGUCAAUAUACUGUUCAGAUCUUUUAGUGAAACAAUUUGAAGCUGGUGCUUCUUCUUCUCAAGCCAUUCUUUCAUCUCAGAGUGUGUUUCCAGUCCGUCAAGAAUUUCUAAUUGAGACUCCUAAGAGACAUGUUGAUGAAAUUAUUGAGAUUGAUAGUGGAAUGCCAUGUGUGGUAGUUGCAACGAUCAAAAUUGUUCAACAAAACUAUGGAUGGUUUUAUUCGGCAUGUCGAGACUGUAACAAGAAGGUGUUGACCAAAAUUGAGUACUUACAAUAUGCUAAAACCAUUUCUGAUGAGGUCAUGAAUCUGUCACCUUCUUCAUUGGUUUUUCCGAAAUGCGAUAAAGAAUGCACAUCGAUAACCAUAAAGUUCAAAGUACAUCUGAGAGUGCAAGAUGAAACUGGCAGCGUUUCUUUUAUGAUGUUUGAUAAAGAUGUAAUGAAGCUUAUUGGUUCAACUGCGAAUGAUAUAAGGGAACGCCAAGUGAAGCUUGAUGAUACUGAAACUUUUCCCCAUGAAAUAUCACGGUUGGUUGAAAAGAAGUUGGCGUUUAAAAUUGAAGUUUCUGAUUACAACCUUAACCAUGACUACCACGUCUACACUAUCCAAAAAGUAUGUGAUGAUCCGGACAUAAUUGCUGAAUUGGUUGGUGGUAAUGGAAAUGCUCUUGAGGUUGCUGAUGAGGUGUUUAGUCAAGAAGGUUCAGAAAUUAAAGCUGUUCAAUUAUCUGAAUCCUCACAGAUGGCCGGUGCUGAUAUUUCAAAGGAUGUUGUAUCUGUUAUGGCCGACUCUUCCGUUGUUGAAGCUGAGAAGGAUUCGGCCACCAGUCCUAAUGGUAAACGUUCGUUGCAGGAUGUCGAAGGUCAAAAUGUUGGGGAACUCUCUUCUAACAACAAAAGGAAGCCAUCUAGGCUUAACACUUAG